AUGGCCAGCAAGGUCGAUCGCAUAGUGGCCCGGCUACAGGCCAAAAUUGAAGAGGGCGAUUACUACGAGGCUCAGCAACAGACCCGUGUCGCCGCAUCCCGCUACAUCAAGACCUCCAACUGGCCCGCCGCUAUCGACAUCCUCUCUAGUGUCUCCCAAGCGCUGUUGCGUGCUGGGCAGGGUGGCAGUGGAGGCGAUCUCUGUGCCAUGCUCGUCGACGUCUACAAGCAGGCAGAGCUGAAGCCGGAUGCUAAUACCAAGGGCAGGCUAUUGACUUGUCUGCGACUCUUUGAGGCUGGAGAACCUACAAGGAAGAAGUUUGUGGGCGAGAUUGUUGGAUGGUCAGCCAAGUUCGGCGAUUACCCUGCCGGGGACCCAGAGCUUCACCACGUCGCCGGAUCACUCUACGCCGAAGAACACGACACAUACGAGGCCGAGAAACAUCUAUUAUUGGGCACCAAGGACUCGCCCGAGGUUUUGACAAAGAUGGAAUAUACCUGGUACAAGGAGAGUGAACCUCACCAAGCGGCUCUCUUUGCUGGCCGUGCUGUGCUCCCCUACCUCCUAGUCGGCAACGUGCGAGCUGCCAACACCUGCUACCGCCUGUUCACCAGCUCUCUUUCCAGCGACAACCCGAACCUCGGUGUUCAAGAUGUGUCCAGCCCUGCUGGCGACAUCCGCAUCUUCCCAAGCCUCCCCCUCCUCAACUUCCUCGGCUUCCUCCUCCUUGCCAUUCAGCGUGGCGCACCUGAGCUCUACCGUGCUCUCGUGUCUAAGUAUGCGACACAAAUAAAUGAGGCUGGAUCAUGGGCCGAGGCGCUCGAGAUGGUUGGGGAGAUGUACUUCGGUCUUUCCAAGCCUCGACAGAACAACCCUCUGAUGGAUAUGAUGAGCGGAUUCUUUGGUGGCGGUGGUGGUCAGCCAGAGAAGCCCAAGCGUAAACAGGUUACGCAACGGCAAGAUGCCCCCGCGGCAGAGGGUCUGGACUAA